AUGCCUCCGAGAAAAGACACAAGCAAAGGAAAGGACACUUCCACUGCUCCGGCUAAAGCAAAGGCGAGCUCCGCACCUCCCCCAAAUAAAAAAAAAAGGGAAGAAGCUACCUCCAGUCUAAGUGGAGCACAAGCUGUGGCAGCUGUAGCAGCCAUGCGUCCACAACCCCAAGGCCAAUGGGAGUUUGGCAUCAACAACAUACCCCCGCAUACUAAGGAUUGGUACAGGUGUUGUAGGCCUAAACAUGUACACCCGGAAGCAGCUAUCCAGGAACGCAGCCUGAAAGCAAAACACGAGGAGGUUGAGGAGGAGCCCGAGUUUGACCACACCAUCGAUCAGCCCCUCCGACAAACGGACAUCACUAAUCUCCGGCUGAAGGAAGAGACUGUCAUGCCAUCAUUAACAGGUGCUAAGUGCAAUGCUCGUGAUGAUAGUUUUAUGGCCCAUCUCUAUGGGAUGAUGGAUUUGCAGUCGAGGAUAGGGGGUGAUGGAUACAAACUCCCUGAUGAUGAGGAUAUCAACACACCUGAGCAGUCUGAGGCCGAGCCGGAGCAGCCAGAUGAUGAGGACGAUGAGGAGGAAGAGGAGGAGGAGGAGGAAGAACAUGAUGAAGAGUGGAGAGCUGAAAAGGAGAAAGUUGGCGAAGCCAGGCCUAAAGUAGGCAUUAGAGCAGGCGACGCCAAGCCUAAAACGGGUGUUAGGGCAGGCAACGCCAAGCCCUUAGCAGGCGUAGGAGCUGGCGAGGCAAGGCAGAGGCAAGCUCCACCAAGCGUUAUACUUGGCGACGCCAGGUCUGGGCGUGCACAUUCCGCGUUUUGA